GCAGUGGAUCAGUUGAUGAAUUAAGUUCUAAGAACUGUUUUCUUAUGAAAGUAUGUUUGUUGCAGUGUAUGGCGCGAGCGUUGUACGACAACAUAGCGGAGUCGCCGGACGAGCUGGCUUUCCGUCGCGGCGACCUGCUCACCGUGCUGGAGCAGAACACCGGAGGCAGCGAGGGCUGGUGGCUGUGCUCACUUAGAGGGAGACAGGGAAUAUGUCCCGGCAACAGACUAAGGAUAGUAGCAGGAGUAUUCGACGCGAGCGGUGCGAUGCAGCGGCGGCGGGCGCGGGCGCCUGCACCCGUAGCUCACCAGCCCAUGCCUACGCAGCAGUCACCUGCUUUUACAAAAAUCGAAGAAUGCUCUCACUAUGACGUUCCUCGUGCACCUAUGCCAGUGCAACGCAUCGGCAUGUACGACUCCCCGAGACCCCUAGUAGACUGGUACGACGCGCCGCGCGCCCCCCGGCCGGCCAGUGCAGACUCCGCGUGUAGUGGCACCGGCUCCCUAGCCUCUGCUACCUCCAGUGCUUCAGCAAACUCUGGGAGCUCUGUACAUUCCGCUGCUUCAGCCUCGAGCACUUAUGAUGUUCCUCGAUCACGAGCACUACCUUUGCCCUGUGACGCUGCACUUGAAGCUCUCGACAGACUACAGGAGGAGGCGUCAGCUGCAGUAUCCCGCCUGUUAUCGUACGUGUCGCCGGGGUGGCGGCGGCGCGGCGCGCUGCGGGCGCGCGUGCUGGACGUGCGCGUGGCGGGCGCGAGGCUGCGGGCCGCGCUGCACGACCUCGCAGUCUUUGCAGAUGCCACGCUAGCCAAUGCACAUGAUGCACAAGAUAAAGGUAUCGCAGUAAAGCUACGUCCUUUAGUGAAAGCGUUGAAGGAUGCAGAACGCAUAACGCACGAAGCGACGAGCGCGCUGGACGCAGGAGAUUGGGCACCCGAGAGACUGGAGAGAGACAGAGAGCCUACGGACGGGACUGAAGACGCACUGGACCAGUUAGUGUCGUGUGCGCGGUCCCUAACUGAGGAUGUGAGAAGAGCAGCUUCCUUUAUCAACGGCAAUGCAUCGCUGUUAUUUAGGCGAUCACCAGCUAUACCUGUACCAGAACAUGAGUGGACGGAGGAGUAUGACUACGUAAGACUGGAGUCUCGCUCGGCGGUAGGCCGGCGUAACGCAGAGAUCAGGGCUGCACUGCCGGACAAACUUAGGGCUUCCUUCGACGCGCUUGUUCGAGAUGCUGACCAUGCGGGCGAGGUGAGCGCAGUGGCAGCCGCCACCAGACUGCCCGCGGACGACCGCCAGUUGGCCGCGUUCUACGCCGCGCAGGCCGCCACCUACGGCGCGCACCUCGCCACCGCCGUGGAGGCCUUCCUCCGCACGAUAGACAUGGGGCAGCCGCCCGACGUGUUCCUAGCACACGGCAAGUUCGUCGUGCUCAGUGCGCAUCGGAUCGUGCACGUCGGCGACACAGUACACAGGAGUGCCCGCCACGCUGGACUGAAGACCCAAGCACUGAGAUGUUCGGAUGCAUUGUCGGAUGCGCUGGCAGCGACGGUGGCCAAGACCAAGGCAGCCGCGCAACAGUUCCCGUGCGCGGGCGCAGUGGCCGACAUGGCGGAGGCGGCGCGGGCGCUGGCAGCGCGCGCGGCCGAGUUGCGGCGCGUACUGGUGCGGGCGGCGGACCCCCCCGCGCCGCCCCCGCACUCGCCCGCGCCCUCGCACUCCCCCGCUACGCCCGUGCCACCCUCAGCGCCCCAUACGCCGCUCACGCCACUCACGCCGCUGGCCUCGCCGCCCACGCUGCAGAUAUAA